AUGGUGAGCCGGAAACAAGAAAAACCCUCAAAGACCAACUCCUCCCUGAAAACCCCUAAAACCCACACCAAGUUCAAAAAUAAAAAGAACCAGCCGCCCAGCAUCAAGGCCGAGAAGAAGAAGAAGAAAGACAAGAAGAAGAGCAGCAGCAACAGUGAGGUAACUGUAACACCGGCUUCGGCGUCACAGUAUCGUAGUUUCUUUCUAAAUGCGUUUCAAUCGGCCAAUGCCCUUCAGCUUUCUUCUAUCGAGCUCGAAUCAAUUAAAGAGACGAGCUUUCUGGAGUCAUCUCAAGAACUGGGUCAAGAAGUCGAGGACUUGGGGAAACAUGUGAAGGCUGCUUUUGGACCCUCAUGGAAACAAGUGCUCUGUGAAAGGCAGCUUGUGGACGGGAAGAUAGAACCAGGGAGUCCGGCUGUUCUUAUUAUUAGUACAUCGGCUUUGAGAUCUAUUGAACUUCUGAGGUCUAAACAUUGUCCUUGUAAUGGAGUACACUUGCUUUUCUUCAUUUUCUAUACGACUGUUAAAGAGUAA